AUGUCACGAGGGCAGGCCGGUAACCCUGAUCAUGCAAGUCAAUCAGCCAACUGUCAUGUUUGCAUGUUUGUGCCUGGUCGCUUUGCUUUUGCAUCUUUUUUGGCUGAGCGCCUUAGAUCCGCAGCGGGUAGAAGAGCAGCCACUCGAACUAAGUGCCUUCCAAAUUGGUUGCACCCAAGACGUACUGUAUCCAUGCUUCACACCUUCUGCCGCAGUAGGAACGGCAAGUCGGGCGCGCAAAGCAAGAGGCUAUCACGGAAUUGGAAGGAGCUUAGAUACAGUGUUCGGCAGGGGCCCUAUGUUGAUCGCCCAACUUUGUUCUGGGGGCAUGAAGUCAGCGGGGACCAAAUGUGCAUCAAUCAUUCGGCACGCCGCAACUACACGAGGGCCCCAAGCCGGUAG